CUAAGAAUCCCCUUCGAUCUGGCGGGGUCACUGAGAACCAAACAACCAAAACUGACCGUCUUCCGGGACACUUUCGUCAACACCGCCAGAUAGGCCCUCCGACCCGGUCGCUGCCCAACAUAUCUGUUCUGUUGCCACCAACAUCUUUCCAUACCUUGGCUUCUUUGGAUUUGCGAGGAUAAUACCGCCAUCAUGUCCUGGCAAGCUUAUGUUGACUCGAGCUUGGUUGGCUCCGGCCACAUCGACAAGGCCGUCAUCGUCAGCGCCGCAGGUGACAGCACCUGGGCCGCGUCCCCAGGUUUCACAGUCGGCGCCGACGAGCUCCAGAACAUCGUGAAGAUCCUGAACGAGGAAAACAAGGAGACGGGUCCCGCCGUUUCCAAGGCCUACUCGGACGGCAUCCACGUCGCGGGCGAGCGCUAUGUGGCCACGAGAAUCGAGGACCGCCAUGUGUACGGUCGUCAGGGCAGGACAGGGAUUUGCAUCGUCAAGACGAAACAGGCCAUUCUCAUCGGCCACUACGGCGAGAAUGUCCAGGCCGGCAACGCCACAGCCACCGUCGAGUCGCUCGCCGACUAUCUGAUCAACCUCGGCUACUAAGGGCGAAACCGUUUCUGUCGUGCACGGCGAGUGGAGGCGGCUUCUUUUUUCAGCGGGGGUGUUCAGAUGGAUAAGUUUGGGAAUUUGACGCACGCCCAUGUUUGUUUUUUUCAACCAGAAUUUGCUGGGAGGAACUCUCGGCACGCAAUAGACUCGAGUCAAGGGGUUGCGGAUAUGACCGCCGACACGACACGCUAGGCUGCUUCGCACAGCUGAUCUGGGCCAGAGGCCCAGAGGCUCUCCCGCGACCCGCGUUUUCGCAUGUCCGAUCCCCUUGUGGUCCGCCUUUUCCUUGCAGCUUCUGAAGAC